UACACAAAGAUAAUGAUAUAAGGAUUUUUAAUCGAUCUUUUAUUAUUUACUAUCUGGAUUAAGGGGCGAAUCAAAGACACCCAGAUUAAAAAUUGGCAAUCAAUUAAAGAUAAUGAGAUACAAAAGAUAAAUCGCAUGCUCGUUACUUUUACCAUUUACCAGUAGGUUAUGAAUAUUUGGAGAUUUCAUAUCAAAGAUGCCAGGUCAUAAAAACAUACGGAUUUUCUUGGUUAUAGCUGUUUUACAAUUUUCGUUAUUCUUUGCAAAAUGUGAUUUGCCAUGUAGAGCCCGUGAUGUGGGCAUUGCCGGACGGUCGAUAGUUUGUGUGUGCGACGCCACAUACUGCGACACUGUUACUCGGAAUGCCCCUAAACCUGGCACCUACGUCACUUACACCAGCACACGAGCUGGCAAACGUUUCGAAAAAGGCGGAGGAGUUAUAGAAUCUGACUCUUAUAGUAAAAACGAAGAAAAAAAGAGUGAAACUUACGUCAAGGAUAAUAUAUCAGAGAAUAUUCAACCGAAAAAUUUAGACGAUGCUUCAUACAGGCUGUUCCGUAACGUUCAAUUUCAAACUAUUGAAGGUUUCGGAGGUUCUGUAACAGACGCUGCAGGUGUGAAUUGGCGCAAACUCUCAUUUAGAACUCAAAAUCAUUUCAUUAACUCCUAUUUCGCGCAAGAUGGCUUGGAAUACAACUUGAUCCGUGUACCAAUAGGCGGUGCUGACUUUUCAACUCAUCCGUACACUUACAAUGAAUACCCCUGGAACGAUGCCGCCCUUUCUAAUUUCUCUCUGACCAUCGAAGAUUACUAUUACAAGUUGCCACUGAUUAAAAGAGCUCAAGCAGUAGCCACAACGGAUAUAAAGAUAACGGCGAGCACAUGGUCACCCCCAAUUUGGAUGAAAACAAACCAAGCCAUCACAGGCUUUGCACAAGUCAAACCUGAAUACUACCAGAGCUAUGCUGAUUAUCAUAUACGGUUUAUGGAAGAAUACGAAAAAGCAAACGUUAAGAUUUGGUCUCUCACAACUACAAAUGAACCAAUAAACGGAAUCGUUCCUUUUGUCGACUUCAAUUCGGUAGGGUGGUUCCCUGGGGACUUGGGACGCUGGGUAGCAAAUAAUCUUGGACCUACUCUAAGAAACUCUCGUUUCAAUGACACUUUAAUAUUUGCAGUGGACGACCAAAGAUACCUCAUAGAUAUUUACCUCCAAGGGAUGAUAAGAGCAGCACCAAAAUCACUCGAUUACAUUGAUGGAAUUGCGAUACAUUACUAUGGAAAUUUCAUACCAGCAUCGAUUCUUUCCAGUAUUCAAGAGAGAUAUCCUGGUAAACUACUCCUGUCUACAGAGGCUUGUGAAGGUCCAAUGCCUUGGGAUAUAAUGAGAGUUAAAGUAGGAUCCUGGGAACGAGCGGCCAGAUACACGAGGCACAUCUUAGACGACAUAAACAAUUUCGUAAUCGGCUGGAUAGAUUGGAAUCUAUGCCUGGAUGACAAAGGUGGUCCGAAUUGGGCCCACAACUAUGUAGACGCUCCUAUCCUGGUGUAUGGAGAGAAAGAUGAAUUCAUCAAACAGCCAAUGUUCUAUGCAAUGGGUCACUUUUCCAAGUUCAUGCCAAGAGGUUCCAAACGCAUACAAGUGCUGCGACGUAGUUUGGGACACGUCGAAAACCUUGCCGUACUGACUCCAGAAGGAAAUAUUGUUGUAUUACUUCACAACACAAAUGAUCAUGCAAUGAAUGUCAGACUGUCAAUAUCUUUACAAAAUCACAUAGACCUAACAGUGGAACCAGAGUCUAUAACAACUGUUGAAAUCAAUCCUCAAUCUAAUUAAUAAUGAAAAGUGAUACUGACUUCAAUACUCACUCAGUAUAUAUUUGAAGGAAAUAGACUAAAUAUAUACUAGUUGAAAAAUCUUUAGUACCUAAUCUUCUACACAAAUUUAUGUAAUCUUGAGUAAUAA